CAUAGUAAGGAAAUAGUGAUUGAACAGGCCAUCCCUGCGUGGCGUAAAUUGGCUAACAUUAUGAACCUGGAACUCAUACCAUACGGUCACAGCCAUACACUUAUUGACAACUAUACAACAAUACCGCCGUCGGGACUGAACUUUGAGUGCCAACACGGCUAUGACGARUGUUACGGCAAUGCCCUUAUGGCAUGUGCUAUGGCUCAACUGCCUCGCGAGUAUAGCAUUGCAUAUAUUGAAUGUAUGUAUAAACAUAACGCUUGGUCGAUACCCAGUAUAACUGGCCCCGAGUGUGCCAAACAAUUAAGUAUUGACUGGAUUUUGAUGGAUGAGUGCACCCGUUCACCGAUAGGCAAAACAUUUCAAUGGCUUAACGGUAGAAAAGUUGAACAAUUGCGGCCCAAACAUACACACGUGCCAUGGAUUACCAUUGAUGGCAAAUAUAGCAAACAUAAUGAAUUGAAAGCAUUUGAAAAUAUGAUUCAAUUGGUGUGCGAUAGCUAUAGAGGCUACAAACCGGACAUUUGUAAUGAAACCACUAUUGAUUCGGUUUAUCCAACAAAGUUUGGUUUCACCCAAAAAAACAGUACAUUACCGACCAUUUUGUUGACAAAAAAUCAGACAAUACUGCCGUCACUAAAUAAAUACCAGCACCAGCACCAUACCCAUGAAAAUGUUACCGCUUUAAAAGACASGAKAAAAGAUCUACCAGUGCCACACUUAAACACUGUUGAAAUUAUGGAUAAACAACAGGAAGUAUUUCCGGGUAAAGAUAACAAAAUGAUUAAUCAAACAUUAGGUGAUGAUCAUUCACAUCAUGAUCAUAAAAAAUGUUCACUUAUGCAUCAUUUAGACGAUGAAACYAUGGAUGCAUURAUAGCUAAUAACAGUCACAUAAUUCCCGGUGUUCAGAUUCAACCCGACCCCCAUCARCCCCACCCUMAUCCCCACCAACAUGAGCAUCAUCAUCAUCCCAGUGGUUCUUCAUUAUACAACAACGACAAAAACAGCAUAAUAGUGCCUAAAGUACUGGUACCAACUAGUAAUGUAAGAAAUAWUAGUGAAAAUACUAAAAYAUUACCGGUAUUAGCAAUACAGACAAAUGGUGAUGAUCAUUCACAUCAUGAUCAUAAAAAAUGUUCACUUAUGCAUCAUUUAGACGAUGCAAACUAUGGAUGCAUUGAUAGCUAAUAACAGUCAUAUAAUUCCCGGUACUCCAYAUAAUUCCCAAUCUAAUAGUGUUAACAGUGAUAAAAACAAUASUAUAUCACAAUCCAAUAUUAACGCUAACGGCACAGUUGUCACUAAUCAUAUAUUGCCGACAUUAUUACCAUCAAUACUGUCACAAUCAGAUAUGGGUAAAAACAGACAACUAUUGAUUGAUUCGCAUUCAAACCACAUUAAUCAKGGACCGGGCAAUCAGGGAAGUAUAUCUCGAGGACAGGAAGCACCUAAUAACCAAACUAAUAGUAGCACCAAWCUAUCWGUGCCAUUAAUUUUUAAUAAAGAUAGYACACCACAAGCCACUGUUUCAGCUAAUAAUAAUAAUAAUAAUAAUAAUAAUAAUAAUAAUAUGUCUAUUACUAGCAAUAUGAAUARUGUGUCUAAUAGUAAUGGCUUGUAUAACAAUCGUAGUUUACAGUCGACUAAUACACCCGGAGAUAUAUCAAACAUUGUCAACAAAAUUGAUGUAAAUGCAAAUAAUAAUGUUUAUAAACCAGGCRCUUWACAUGGCUAAUAAAUUAGAAAAAAUUAGUAAAUGACAUUGAUACUAUUUUUCUAUUAUCAUCAAUA